CCUUAACAGCCGGAACAGACGACAAGUUGUUCCGAGCAGCAGCUCGGCACGAAGAUGCAGGAGAAUGCCGCCGCCUCGUCAAGUGCCAAGAUUUGCCUCUUCACGCGGUGGCUUGCCCUGUCCAGCAGUAUUCACUCUGUGGUGCUUUUGUCGCUGCUGAACCGCCUCAGCGCCGCCCUGUCGACGACUGACGGCUGUUUAUUCAUCGCCCUCUUCUUUGGAGGCGCCCUCAACGUGUGUGCGGUCGUGCUUCUCAGCUGGGCUGACCCAGUGGCAAUGAAGGUUGAUUCCAUGAGUGUGUACUACGCCAAGGCUAUUGAGGGCGGUGGUUCUCGUCCAGAAGAGGCACCCACCGCAAAGACGGCCGACAACAACACGACAAGCAGGACCCAUCACAGGCAGGCAAGGCGUCGCAGCAGCCCGUCGCCCUCCCCACCGCCCUCCCCUCCCUCCCCGUCAGCCCGGUCCCUCCCCCCUCCCUCACAGUGGCCAACCAGGCCACUCUUCUUCCGCUUCGCCCCACACACGGCCAAUCACACGAGGUCUCUGAUGAUCAACCCCCCGGUCAAGCGAAGGAAGGCCGACUUGUUUCGUACCAGGGGCUCGGGGGGUUCUCUGAGGUCGGGCUCGAUGAUUCUGAUGGACACAGCGAGGAGUCUGCGGCGGUCAGUGACGGCCAUGCUCAUGGGAGAGCGGCCCAGAGAUGAGGAGGGAGCUGGACAGACGGCAUGUGACGAGCGACGGGAGCCGCAUGACGAAAGGUGAGCGGACAGCACACACCACACAGAGAGGCCUGCAGCGGCCGCAUACAGACGACAUUCAUUCACAUGGCCGCGUGUCUUUGGUGAAUCAAUCAGCUCCCACCAUGAGCGAAACAGUCGCGGCAUCGAGAGCUUCUCCAACAAUUUGUUCUCUGGGAGGUGCGUCAUCCGGGUGGUCAAUGCCCCGUCGCUCGAUAUGGGUGAGUGCGAGGAGGGGUACGUUUACGUCGACAGUGAGGACUACUUCAAGGGGAAGAGGAGGACCAUGCAAGUCAUCAUGCAGGUAACUGAUAUGCACACACACGGAGACAAUGUCGCCUCUGCUCGUCAUGACCGUGUGUUUUGUGUUCGUCAUUCAGGGUCAGUUUCGCCAUAGGACGCCGUUUAGUGAGGUGUUGACAGGUCAGGCGUUCGACCGGCCGCCGGCGCUGCCCCCUCAAUGGGCCCUCAACCUCGGCCUCUCGAUCGUCAGGUCACUCAACCCAUCUAUACAGGUACCUCCCUUAAGGCGCCAAACCACCUGCAUCGCACCUGAUGCAUUGUGUGUGUAUGUGAGCAGGAGAACCUAACUCAGCAGGACGCCUGUGUUGGGGGUCGGUACAUCCUGAGCCCACUCAUCGCGACGGCGCAGACGGUGCACAUCGCUCACGGCCCGUCUGCAUCAGACUCACCCACCAGCGGAGAGAGGAUCAUGCCGCCUCGGCUGCUGGGCGCAUGCGAUGUGCCCGAACAAACCACGCUUCUAGGUGGGUAACCCACUGGACCAGAUUGCAUACCGAACAUACCUCUUUCUGUCGCGUUGCCUUGUGUGUACAGGUGGGAUGUUUGCGAGCGGGCAGGUGCCCCAGGGCCGCCGCAAGAAGCACUUCCAGCGACCUGAGAACCUCAGCGGCCACUUCUUCGAGCCUGACCUCAUCUACACAUUCGACUUCUACCAGGCAAGCAGGCCAAACAAGCAAGGGCCAGUGAGUGAGGCGGGCAGGCGGUGAUACUGCCGUCUCCUCUGUGCUGCGUGCAGCAUUUGUUUCUGCCGUCGACCUGUGAGUUCGAUUUGGGGUUCUACAAGUGAGUGAAUCAAUGCAAUAAGCUGCCUGACCGGCACAGAGAGGAUCCCACACAGUCCCCUCCCCCUGGCUGGCUGGCUGAUGUCAUCAGGCUGGAUGUGAGUCGGUAUCUCAACCGUCAGCCCAUCGAGUCUAUGGCCAUCUGGGGGUUGCCGAAACAGCUGCAAGGCAAUACCAGCCAGGACCACGGGAACGGCCACACGGCCAGGAGGCGUCGUGACUCUCAGCACCAGCAGCAUGAGCAGCAAUACUUUUGGCGAAUUCAGAUUUGGCAUGAGAAGCUGCUGCUGUGACUUAUUGAUUGCAAUGUGCAUGUUGGAAGUCGAUUCAGUCAGUCUUGGUCUGUCUGUCUGCCUGUCUGCCUGUCUGUCCACCUGGGCGUUUAUGUGUACGUCGGUGUCUUUGGGGCCUUUGUCGGUCGGUCAUAUCCGUCAGAGACGCAUUUGCGUACGUGUAGUGUAUUCUGUGGGUGUCAACGAGACGGCCCGCCGAUAUGGCGCGGCACGGAAGGGAAAGGACACAUGAUCUGUGGAUGCAGCCGUCUGUGUGGGGGAGAUCUGCAUGCAUACAUUCAUCCACUGACC